GCAAUUUUGCACGUGUACAAUCGUCAGAGCACACAUAUACCCGCCGACGGCUGAAGACAAAACCAGCAUUGAAAUUCUCGUCUUUAUCUUCCCUUCCCUUUAUCCAACGGCUUCACUUCUAGGUUGUUGCCUUUCUUUACUCAUUUUCAAUCUAUAUACAUAUAUAUAUACACAAACUAGUGCUUCCAUUAUUUUCAUAACAGACUUUAGUUUUCUCCAAAACCCGGAAUUUCAAUCCCCCUGGAAUCUCAUUCCUCUUCUUCUUCUUCUUCAGCCUCUUCCAGCACCACAUACUUGUCCCAAACCAUGCAACCAACAAAGGGUUCAAUCUCAAAUUCAACUUCACUUCCAUAUCAGCAAUCCUCACUCCACUCUGUAAGGAGGUCUUCGUCGAAGCCAUGGAGGAAGCCGGCAGUGGCUCCACUACCGCCAACUCCGCCAAGGAUCUACAAAGUGGACCCCAUUAACUUCAAAGACCUUGUUCAGAGCCUCACCGGCCCCCCGGAGUCUUUGGAGGCGCGAACUCUCCAAAGCGUUGCGCCGGCACCGAUUGAUGUUCAUAGAAACGCCUCCGUUCUAAACCAUGUUCCUUCUUCUGCUUCUUCCCCUGCAUCAAAAAUUAUUUCACCAUUUUCAGCCAUGUACAAGGACUUGGCUGAUACAUUGGAGCUGAGCUCUACGCCUCAUCAUCAGAAGGUGCAUGAUAGCAUGGUGGACCAGAGUUAUCCGAGACUGAACUUGCAGUCACCAUCUUCCCAUCAUUGGUUUUCCUUUCCCCUGCUCAGUCCAGGGACUCUGUCCAGCCUGGAACAGAGCACUGUGCUUUAGGAGGACCUAUUUCAGAAUCCCAAUUUCUUUAAAUUGUGGCUUCUUGUUUUUUCUUUUUCAAACUUUAUAUUUCUGGUUUAAGUUAUAGCAUCCUAGUAUAUAAGCUGUAUGUGAUGAUGUGAUUUUGGCUGCAAUGCUAAGCUAGCUGCUCCAGAAGCCUUUUAAUGUGAAUGUGACACUAGUUAUGAAAUCAAUGAAAUAAUUAAAGUGAGUGUCUUUUUAAA